GUUACGGGAUGGGGCAAGUCAAGAUCAAUCCCCAAUCUAAAACGAGUAUCGAGACUGGUACUUUGGUUGGUUUGGGGAAGGCCGAUCCGUGUCUGUCUCGGGAAAUGGUGCCCACGUCGUCUAGUCUUGCCAUCCACUUCGGCUUCACCUUCUCACCUCAGGAGAAAUCUCACGCCACGACUUCCGUUCAUGCUCGGGUGGAUUAAUUCCAUUCGACGCCCUUGGAUUGACGAGGUCAACGGGAUCCCACUGCCAACGAAAUCCUGCAGCCAUAAAAAGCUCCUACACCUGAACCCCUCAUUUUCUCCCAAUCACUCUUUCUCACCGACUUACACCACCACCUACUUUUGACGACUGAGGCAGGCCUUGACUCAACAACGCGCUCGCAACUGACAGGCUUCAUGUCGGAAUGGGUUCAAAGACGCCCGAAGACCAGACUCCCGGAGGCAAUGGCGGGCCCACUUCGUCCGGCAUUUCCUCCGGCGGAGAGCCGCGCGGCGUGCACCUCUCCCGUGACGGGGACGGCAGCCUCGGCGACGGAGGCGAUGACGACGGCGAUGAUGACGAGGAAGAUGAAGUUGUCGCUGGCUCCGGAUCGCUGAAGGAUGCAGCAGACAACGACGAUGGCAAUGAUGAGGAUGGACCCAAGAAGAAGAAACGAAAGCCCAGAAAGAAGAAGAAGAAGAAGAAGGCUUCGACCGCGGCGACUGCUACGAAGCAAUCUGACCCUCCGAGGGUGCCGCUGAGCGACCUCUUCUCUUCGGGCUCGUACCCGGCUGGUGAGGCCCAGGCUUACACCAAAGCCCGGGAUGCGGCUACUGCUGUGGGUGUGGACUCGGAUAUGAAUACCGCGCGCACGACGGCUGCGGAGUUGCGGUACCGGUCCCGCCCGCACCUCGAGGACCCGAGCCUCCUGAACGACUACCGCAAGGCCGCCGAGGUCCAUCGGCAGGUCCGGCAGUGGGUUCAGGACACGGUGAAGCCCGGUAAGCAGACUCUGCUCGAGAUCGCUACUGGGAUCGAGGACGGCGUGAGGAGUUUGCUGGGGAACCAGGGGUUGGAGGUGGGUGAUGCGUUGAAGGCUGGUAUGGGGUUCCCUACGGGACUUUGUCUUAACCACGAGGUUGCGCAUUACACGCCGAACCCGGGGCAGAAGGAUGUGGUGUUGAAGUAUGAGGACGUGAUGAAGGUUGAUUUUGGGGUGCAUGUGAAUGGAUGGAUUGUGGAUAGUGCGUUUACGAUGAGUUUUGAUCCGGCGUGGGAUAGUUUGUUGGCUGGGGUUAGGGCUGCUACGGAGAGUGGGAUCAAGGCCGCCGGUAUCGACGUCCGCAUCUGCGACGUCAGCGCCGCAAUUCAGGAGACGAUGGAGAGCUACGAGGUUGAGGUCGGCGGCAAAAUGUUCCCCGUCAAGCCGGUGCGCAACAUCUGCGCACAUGAUAUCGCGCGGUACCAGAUCCAUGCGGGCAAGUCGAUUCCGUUUAUCAAAAACAAUGAUCAGACCAAAAUGGAGGAAGGGGAGAUCUUUGCGAUUGAGACGUUUGGGACGACUGGGCGAGGGAAGUUGUAUGACGAUGUUGGUAUCUAUGGAUACAAGUUGGAUUAUGAUGCUCCUGCUCAAGUCAAGUUGCCUUUCGCAUCUGCGAAUCGUCUGUACAAGACGAUCAAGGAGCAAUUCGGAAGUAUUGUCUUCUGCCGCAGAUAUCUUGACCGUCUCGGCUUAGAUCGGUACUUGGCUGGUCUCAAAUCCCUGGAAUCUCAUGGUAUCCUUGAGUCGUACGCACCUCUUGCGGAUAUCAAGGGAUCUCAGUCUGCGCAGUUUGAACAUACCAUCCUACUCCGCGAGAACAACAAGGAGAUCAUCAGUCGAGGAAGUGACUAUUGAUAAGGGACACAAGAACCAGAAUGUGACUUUGAGAAGGACUUUUUAAUGCUAUUUUUUGCGAGAAAAUAAGGGUGACGUAUCGACACGUCGUAGUACAUCAGGAUGACGCGGACUCAACGCUCCAUCGUCCAAAGAGAGGUGAUUUGUUCCUACCAUGGAGAGCCUCAACGCCUCCAUGUGUCUUUGCGGGUGUUCAACACUGCUUUGCAACCUUUUGUUUCGUUCAUUUGUAUUUAGCUCUCUGCGUCUUCAGCACCAGAGCCCGUUGAGAUGUCUAAGAUACAUGUACACUCACUUUUCCUCCCUCCUCAAUCUUGACAGAUACGUUGUAUGCAAGGUAGUCUUCCCUCCUUUUGUAUACUGCGGCGACGCCUGCCACUGAGGAAAGAAAAAAACGUUCGCACUGCCUGAUAAAGAGAGGAUCAAUGGCGAAUUUUUGUGUACUGCCUCUCGCACUAUGUUGAAGAAGGAGGUCAGCAAUUACCGGUCUCGAAUUCCUAUACGGGUUUUGAAGGAGGCUGGCUCCGUUUUUGUCCACCUCGUUUGCAGAUGCUCCACUCUCCAGCAGCAUUUUCACCAGACGAUGGCUUCUGUGGCAACAUGCCUGUUGCAG